CGCCUUCGCCGUCGUUUUGCCCCACUCUAUACGGAUCGCAUUCCCGUUAACGUGAAUAUGAAAGUUAAAGUACCCAUUGCCUCCACGACGAGCACCACCAGCACAUUCGACUCUUAAUUGAUUUGCAAACUUUGGGCAAUUCCGAGAAAUAAGAGGGAGCAUAGAGAUAGAAGAACAGUGAGAAAAGUGACACGAGAUUUGACACAUCAACGGAAAAGUUGUCUAAUUUCCUGCCUGCUGUGUGAAUACCAGAAUCCACAAGACGAUGACGGCCACCGGUGAGCCAGGAGCCAGGGAUGACUCCUCCGGUGCUCCAGCCAGCCUAAUCACCACGCCCAAUACCAUCAUCGCCCCCUCACCGAUACCCGUGCUCAGUGAUGUGCCCAUGCCGAAUGGCAAUGGCAACGGGAAUGGAAGUGGAGCUGGAACUGGCGCUGGAGCUGGAGCUGGGAACAACUUCAAGAGCAGCAUUGUCAUCGACAGCCAGCCCAAGCGGCGGGUGAGCAUUAUCUCGGAUCCGCCAAUGAUCGCUGGUGGAGGUGGAGGAGGCGGAAUUGGCGGUGCCGCAGGCCCCGGCGCCGGAUACGAUAACCCCGCCUUUGAGCAAAAUCCUAGGCGUAAAAUUUCACAGACCUCCACACACUCGCACACGGACAUUGGACCGGCGCGAAGGAAGAGCAUACUGAAGGACACUGCCACCACCACCCAUGACAAUGAGAGCGAUCGGGUCUCAACGCACAGCUAUGAAAACUAUCGACAGAAUGCGCUGGACGUGCUCAAUGCCAAAUAUAACGGCCAUCAGAUGGCCCAUAGCUCGGCGGGGGGCAGCAAUGGUGGGGCCAACUUUGUGGAGGAAUCCUGGAUGUACACAUUCUGUUUGAAGUGUCGCGGCGAGGAGCCAUCGUCAUCGUGGGAGCCUCCCUUCUGGCAGAAGAUCUUCCCCUAUCCUCUGUGUCCCACCUUCAGGACUUUCUCGCGACUGGUGUCCAUCAUUCUUAUAGGUGUCCUCAUUUGGAUCACGGCCUUUGUAAUCAUUGGAGACUCGGCUGCCCCUGGUGGACAGCUGUUUAGCCUGGUCGUCCUAACUGUGGCAGCCAACUUUGGCGGCUACCUGAUAUCUCUGACCACCCUGCCUCGUCUGAUUGGCAUGCUCCUGGUGGGCAUACUCUUUCAGAACGUCGGCUGGGUCAAUCUCGAUGGUGACUUCUCGGUGGUGACGGCCCACCUGCGCAAGUUUGCGCUGACCAUAAUCCUGACUCGAGCUGGACUCGAAAUGGAGCCGGAAGCCUUCAAGAAAGUCUACAAAACGAUUCUUAAGCUGGGCAUUAUUCCCUGGUGCGUGGAGGCCGUCAUUGUGGCCGUGAUGUCGCACUUCCUGCUCGAUCUGCCCUGGAUCUGGUCGUUCCUCUUGGGCUCCAUCAUCGCCGCUGUCUCGCCGGCUGUGGUGGUUCCCUGCCUGUUCCGCCUGCGAACGAAAGGCUACGGUGUGGCCAAGGGCAUUCCUACGCUGGUGGUGGCUGUGGCCGGUGUGGACGACGCCCUGUCGGUGGCUAUCUUCGGCAUCAUCAGCACCGUAAUGUUCUCGGACAAGGGACUGGCGUAUCAGAUUGCCCAGGCUCCGGUCUGCAUUCUGGGCGGCCUGGGCUUUGGCGUCCUUUGGGGAAGUCUGGCUCGCAUUUUCCCCGAGAAGGGGGAUGCUUAUGUGGUGCCGCUGCGAACACUGCUCCUCUUCACCGGCGGCCUGAUGGCCAUCUAUGGCAGCGAGGAGCUGGGCUUCGAGGGAGCCGGCCCCCUGGCCGUUGUGUUUUCUGCCUUUGUGUCGAAUCUAUUCUGGUGCAAGGACGGCUGGGAUGUGGAGGAUAAUCCGGUGUCUACCGCCUUCGAGAUCUUCUGGAUGAUCUUCGAGCCCAUUCUGUUCGGCAUCACUGGCUCCACCAUCAAGAUACGCGAGCUGGACUCGCACACCGUCUCCAUUGGAGCCGCCUGCAUCUUCACCGGCGCCAUUCUGCGCAUCUUUACCACGGCUGGCAUUGCCUUCGGCGAUCGCCUGAACCUCAAGGAGAAGUUCUUCGUUGGCCUCUCCUGGAUGGCCAAGGCCACAGUCCAAGCGGCUUUGGGGCCGGUGGCCCUCAAGCAUCUCGACGAGAACUCCACGGAAGAAGAACGCAAUUACGCCAGCAUUGUGCAGACAAUCUGCGUCUUCAGUAUUGUGCUGACAGCGCCGUUGGGUGCCAUUCUGAUAUCGGUGACGGGGACAAAGCUGCUGACAAAGACGAAGCAGCCGCAGGAUCUCAGCGGCUGGCGACGCAGCCAUCGUCCUUCCAUACGCGACAUCAGCAUCAUCGAUGAGGAGGAGGAGCGCGAAGAUCCCGAGAUACCCGAGGACAAGGAGACGCACGACAACACGCUCAACAAUGCACACAUACCCAGCAUCUCCUAUACGUACAACACAUAAAAGUUGUCAAAAUGGGGAAUGGGAUCUCCUCUCCUUGUUGUUGGAUCGCAAGCGCAAUGUGUUGAUUGUUUUCUUAUUAUACAUUAGCCUUAAGUGGACUUUGCAUUCCGAAAUAAAUGAAUAAGUAAAUCAAUUAAUAA